AUGCGCGCAGUCACUCGGCUAUGGCCACGUCUCAUCUCGAGGCCUAUAAUCAGUCAACCGGCAAGAUGGGCCUCUGCAAGAUCACAAUGGCUGUCCACCACCGCAUUCCGUCAAUGUUCGUGCGCUGACGCUGCCAACGGCCGACCCAACGCUCAAGCUCCCUCAAUUCCACCGAAUGACCACCGAGCUCUAGGCACAAGCCAGGAGCUCUUCACCUCGUCGAACUACAGCCCCGGCUCGCCUCUCUUCCUCCCAAAUGGCACCCACGUCAUUAACAAGCUCAUCUCCUUCCUCCGCACGCAGUACCUCCAAUACGGCUUCCGCGAAGUCCUGACUCCGACAAUCUACAAACGCUCCCUGUGGGAAGUCUCCGGCCACUGGCAGAACUACAAGGAUGAUAUGUACGAGGUGACUGGUCGUGGUGCGACCGGCGAGACGGAGGGUGAACUCGGUGAGGAUGAGUCGUACGGCUUGAAGCCCAUGAACUGCCCUGGCCAUUGCCUACUGUUCAAGUCGCAGAACCACUCCUACCGCGAGCUUCCUGUCCGCUAUGCGGAUUUUAGCCCGCUGCAUCGGAAUGAAAUCUCGGGCUCGUUGACGGGUCUCACGCGAGUGCGACGCUUCCACCAGGACGAUGGCCACAUUUUCUGCCGGCCAUCACAGAUCAAGUCGGAGAUUGCGUCCGCGCUGGGAUUCGUGGAUAUGGCUAUGACCACAUUCGGACUUGGGCCGUACCGAUUGGUGCUGUCUACGCGACCGGAGACAGAUUAUAUUGGGACACUGGAGAUGUGGGAGAAUGCAGAAAGCCAAUUGCGCGAGGCCUUGGAUAGCACUGGGCGUGAAUGGGCAUUGAAUGAGGGUGACGGUGCAUUCUACGGACCCAAGAUUGAUAUCCAGCUCCAGGAUCAGGCGGGCAAGUAUCAUCAGUUGUCUACCAUCCAGCUAGACAUGAAUCUGCCCCAGCGAUUUGGACUGGAGUAUCAGGUUGCAGAAGGCGAGGAGGAUUAUAACCCAGCGACGCCUGGAUUCGCCACUCCUGUUCUCGUGCAUCGCGCUAUCUUUGGCUCCCUCGAAAGAUUCCUGGCCCUGCUUAUCGAACAUCACGGUGGCCAUUGGCCGUUCUGGCUGUCACCUCGCCAGGGUAUCAUCCUCACGGUCAACCAGGAUGACGCCGUAGUUCGUCAGGCACAGGACGCUGCGGCUCGGUUCUCCGGGUUCAAGGUUCUCCAAAGCGAGGGAACUGCUACACCACCUCGCCCUCUUUCCUCGGUCGAUUCCACAUUCCUGAUUGAUGUCGACACCAGCGCACAGACUCUCAGCAAGAAGAUCCAGCGAGCCAAGCAGAUGAAGUACAAUAUGAUCUUUAUCCUCGGCUCGCGCGAUGUUGCUGAAGGCGGCAUCACCCUGGAUGUCACUGGGCAGAUGCAGAGCAAGACCGACCCCGAAGCUCAGCAAUUCCAGUCAUUGAUCAAGUCUCACUUGGGAGAGGAGGCGCUGAAGAACCCCCGUGCGGUGAAACUCAAGCUGGAUGAAGUGCAUCCAUUGCUGGUGCAGUUUGAGAGAAACUUCCUGUGA